AUGAAAAUUUCUCAAAUAAACACUAAAUUUCACAAUCAAAACAUUGAUGUACAUGGUAACUACGUUCAUUUUCCUGGUUAUACAAUUGUCUCACAUGUUAUACAUCCAUUACCAAAAUCAUUAAUUGAUCUUGUUAAUUAUCUUUCUUCAAGGGAACUUCAAAAAUAUUAUUCAUUUCUACUCAUUACAAGUUAUCAUGUUACUAUAAAUCAAUUUGAAAAUGUUCAUGAGGAACAUAAAUCUCUUUUAGAAGAAGAACAACGUAAAUUAAAAGAACAAGAUACUUCAAUUAUAUGUACAGCUGAAAAACUAAUCUGUUCUAAAGCUAUUUUAAUUGAAAUACAAUUUAAAAAUGAUAAUGAUCAAAAUUUUGAAAAUAUUAUUAAAAAUGUUCGAUCUAAUGAAUUACAACAAGCAAAUAUUCUACAUAAUUAUGAACUUUCUUGGCAUUUAGCAUUAACUUAUCAAUAUAAAGAUAUAGAAAAUAAUGAAAUUAAAGCAAAAUUUCAACAAAUAAUUGAAAACAUUCCUCAAACAUCUAAAUUUCCUUUUCAUAUUCCACUUGAUCAUAUACGAAUAUGUCAUUAUAACGAUAUGACAAAAUUUACACCGAUUUGA